CUAUAGCAGAGAGGACUGAGACACAAAGGUGACUUAUUUGAAAUAUCUGCCGUAUCCCUCCCAUUUCUUUUGACUGGAAUCUACAAAGACUGGCCAACAAUGCCAACCAACGGAAUUCAUCGAUCCUUGAAAAUCCAGUUUGGGUUGAUCAACCAUGAGAACCGUUACCUGACAGCUGAGGCAUUUGGUUUCAAGGUCAAUGCGUCGGCGCCAAGCCUGAAGAGGAAGCAGAUAUGGACUUUAGAGCAGGACGAGAAGGAGAGCACUGUAGUCUACCUACGCAGCCAUCUGGGACGCUAUUUGGCGGCAGACAAGGACGGCAAGGUCAGCUGUGAAGCAGAGGAGGCCAACGAGGACAGUCGAUUCCAGAUUGCUGCCCAGUCCGACGGCCGCUGGGCCCUCCAGUCUGCGCCCCACAGCCGAUACUUUGGUGGCUCCGAGGAUCGUCUUUCAUGCUUCGCCCAGUCUAUUGGAGAGCCUGAGCUCUGGGCCGUACACCUGGCCCUCCACCCUCAGGCCAACUUGCUGAGUGUCAGUCGUAAGCGCUAUGCUCACCUGUCUGCCCAGGAGGAUGAAAUUUCGGCAGACAGCAACAUUCCCUGGGGUGUGGACUCCCUCCUCACUUUGAUCUACCUGGAGGGCAAGUACUGCCUCAAAACCUGCGACAGCCGAUUCCUUCGAAACGAUGGAAAGCUUGUCCGAGAACCCGAGCGCAGCACAAGCUACACUUUGGAGUUCAGGUCUGGCAAACUGGCCUUCAAGGAUUGCGAGGGCAAGUACUUGACCCCCAUGGGCCCAACGGGCACCCUGCGCUCUGGACGCAGCUCCAAGCCAGGAAAAGAGGAGCUCUUUGACUUGGAAGAGAGCCACCCACAGGUUGUCUUCCAGGCUUCCAAUUGUAGAUUUGUGUCCAUCAGACAAGGUGUCAGCAUUUCUGCCAAUCAGGAUGAUGAGACAGACCAAGAGACCUUUCAGAUGGAGAUUGACCCUGAGACGAAGCAGUGCAUGUUUCGAACCAACACAGGCAACUACUGGACUCUGGUGUCGCAUGGGGGGAUUCAAUCAACUGCCACUGAAAUAACUGCCAAUACUCUGUUUAAGAUCGAGUGGCGUGAGCGUAGAGUGGCACUCAAAGCCAGCAAUGGGAAGUAUGUUUGCACCAAGAAGAAUGGACAACUAGCUGCAGUCAGCGACGGAGUAGGUGAGGAUGAAGAAUUUCUGCUAAAACUUAUUAACCGACCCAUUUUAAUACUGCGUGGGGAGAACGGCUUUGUUUGUUACCACAAAAGCUCCAAUAUGCUGAAUGGCAGCCGAUCGGUCUAUGACAUCUUCCAGCUUAUGUUCAGCAAUGGUGCCUAUCAAAUUAAAGGUUCUGGGGGCAAGUUCUGGUAUGUCAACAGCAGUGAGCUGGUCUGCUCAGAUGGGGACAUGCCGGAGGAUUUCUUCUUUGAGUUUUUAGAGCAUGGACGAGUGGGCAUCAAAGCAAAAAACAGCAAGUACCUCCGUGGUGACCAAGGGGGAAUGCUAAAGGCUGAUGCCGAGACUGUGGAUGGCUCGACACUCUGGGAGUACUGACCCUCACUGGACGUUUAUAGAGCUAUACGAACAAAAUAGAUGAUUAUAAAAGUAAGAAGCAACAAAAGAAAAAUGACCAAGAAAGUAAAAUGCCUAAAAAGACAAAGGACUGCAACCAAGCCGAAAGUAUUGAAUCACUAGUCUGCUGUGUCCGGAUUACGAGAAGUCAUGCAGUUAGUCAAAGCAACAACAUGGAUGAAUCCAAUGCCGUUGGCCUCAAGAGCAAUGAACAAGUAAGAUGUUGCUGCACUCACCUUCUUCAGAGAGACAUCCCUGGUCCUCUCCUCUCAAUCCUGCAAAAUGGCAAGAAGGAGCUAGUGCCAAUUGGGGUAACUUACAUGGGGCAAUGAGCUCAGUCCUGACCGUGGAUUCAGCACUUGCACUGCGUUUCCUGUGGAACAAACACACCAAAAAAAAAAAAACCAACACAACACUUUUAGGCUCUUUGAAGUGGAAAACUCAAAAGUCCUCCAUGGCAGAAAGUGAAUUCAAUGCACAUUUAAGCUGUACAAUCACAGAGGGAGUGGUUGCUACUUACCUAUUUAUCUCUUUCAUGUUUAUUCGUACUAUUCAGUAAAGCAGCAGAACAUCUUCAUUGUAGAACAUGCUGGUACCUGCAGGGCUGUGCUGCUAAAUACUGGCUAAAGGGUUGUAAGGCUCCAUUGCAUUUUUUUUAAGCACAGAACAGUAUUCACAUUACCUUUCUUCUUCUUCUUCUUUCGCCUGCUCCCAUUAGGGGCUGCCACAGUGGAUAAUCUUUUUCCAUAUUUCCCAACGUUCACAUUACCUUUAACGGUCUCAAAAAACAUGAUUCUUUAGAGAAGGCCCAAUUCCUACUGCGGCAGGUUACAAAUUGACUCACGAGGUAAAAAGCCCUCUUCUCCCACUUUCGGUCGCUCCUGUUAAGGGUCACCACAGCAGAUCAUCUUGUUCCAUACCCUCCUGUUCUCCUCAUCUUGCUCUGUCCCACCCAUCACCUGUAUGUCCUCACUCGCCACAUCCAUAAACCUCCUCUUAGGCCUUCCUCUUUAUAGUGGGGAAAGUUGUGAGAUUGGGUGUAAUUAUUUGUCAUAACCCAAACAGUUAUUUUGUUGUAGGACACCGGCGUCUGCUCACAAUCGUUACAUACCAACAAAAGUCGGAUCUUUCAUAUAAAGUAUUUCAACACCAUCCCAAGGAGCUAUACGGGUAUAGAACUUAAUUCUUUUAUUUUUAUUUUUUCCUACAGUUGAAGCAGAAGUACAUGGCAGUCACAGAAGGGGUCCAACCAACCAUUAUCCAACCUGCCAUAUCCUAACUACAGGGUCACGGGGGUCUGUUGGAGCCAUUCCCAGCCAACACUGAAUUGGCAAAUUUAUUUCAAUUCGGUCCCCUCCUAAAAUACAUAAGCUAUUUUUUUUUUUUUUGCAUUCGUUUCAUGUCCAUCAGGCUCAUCUUCACCACCAAAGAUGCUGUAAAAAAACCGCGUGUAAUGAUUUUCCUCUGUUAACAGUUUAGUGCAUGCUUUUAACAGACACAUUCCCAUUCCAGAGACAAUGUAAAUGCAUGUCUUCUCUGCCCCCUUUACAAAUGUGGACCUGUGGAGGUGUUAAAGAAGAACAAUUCAAAUGAAAAAGGCACCCGGUGGUGCAGAAGCAAAGUAGCUUAUGUUUUCAUUUGUCUAACUAGAGACUUGCCUAUUAAGUGGUAGAGUAGCUCCUUUUUUAAAAGCACCACUGAAGCCUAAAAAAAUAAGGUGAACUCAGCUGUUCAGUAGAGCAAAUUUCAAUGCUGUACGCUAAAGUAGUGUUUAGUCACAGGGCCAUGAUGUAGGACUUUCAAGUAAGGCCACUUUUUUAAAAACUACAGAUUAAUUUUAAAAUAUAAAAUUUUUUUAAACGACCGGUGCAUAGAUUAGCAACACAUACAGAUUUGGCUAACCCCAGGGCCAGGCAGAAGGUAGCCACACAUCUCUAAGUCCUCAUUCCAGUGGAAGCUCUCUGCUAAAUGAGCGUUAUACGGCAGUGUGGCUUUCUGUAAGACUGGUGUAUCCCCACUUAUCCCCUGAAUCUAGCUAGACGCAGUUGCGAUUUACAAUAACUGUACAACGAUACAACAUUAUAAUCUAUGAAAUCCUUAUACACAGAUAGAAUGCAUAGUGCUGGAAGUGCUCAGGGGCAUAUGGCUGUAGACAAAACCUCAGCGAGUUUGAAACAGGACCGCUUGUUGGCGACUUUGGGAAGCAGCGUCAGAAAUGGCACACAGCUUGACUGAUACUUGAGGAUCGCUCUGUCAGUGUAGAUGUUGGCACAGGACUUCAAAAAUGAAAUCUUCAGAAAAGAGGAUGAUGAUAUCCGACAUCUGAAAUGCAUUCAUUAGCAGGAGAAGAAACGCUCAACGUUAACAACAACAACAUUUAUUUAUAUAGCACAUUUUCAUACAAAAAACAUAGCUCAAAGUGCUUUACAUAAUGAA